AUGGCUUUUGUUAAGAUCUGCAACGACGACGACCCCGACAGCAACGCCGAUGGAGACAACAACAACGAUGAUGGCUUCAACGGAAUUGGCAUCGUUGUUCGGGCGGUGAUGUUGGUGUUAAAGUGUAUCUUCAUAUUUCCUGAAAUACAACUCUUGAAAUACUCCGGCGUAAUUUCAAUGGCUACCGAUAAAGACACUAAGAAAAGGCCUCUGAUCGAAAUCGAUUUCCGGGACUUAACCGUCACUUUAAAAGGCAAGCGUAGGAACAUUUUGAGGUCCGUUAAUGGGAAAAUAAAACCGGGCCGAAUCACGGCUAUUAUGGGCCCGUCUGGUGCUGGAAAAACGACUUUUCUUUCUGCUAUAGCUGGAAAAGCCGUCGGAUGCACAGUGAACGGCACUAUUUUAAUUAACGGGAAAUCGGUUUCGAUUCACUCGUACAGAAAAAUCAUCGGUUUUGUUCCGCAAGACGAUAUCGUGCAUGGGAACUUAACCGUGGAGGAGAAUUUAUGGUUUAGUGCUAGGUGCAGACUAUCUGCAGAUUUACCGAAACCGGACAAGGUUCUUGUAGUCGAAAGGGUGAUCGACUCAUUAGGGUUACAGACGAUACGAGGUUCGGUAGUUGGAACAGUUGAGAAGAGAGGCAUUUCUGGCGGACAAAGGAAACGAGUGAAUGUUGGAAUCGAGUUAGUUAUGGAACCUUCAUUGUUGUUCUUAGACGAACCUACGUCGGGUUUGGACAGCUCGUCUUCGCAGCUACUUCUUAGAUCGCUUAGAAGAGAAGCUCUCGAAGGUGUAAAUAUAUGCAUGGUUGUCCAUCAACCGAGCUAUGCAUUGUUCCAAAUGUUUGACGAUUUGAUACUUCUAGCAAAAGGAGGCUUAACAGUCUACCACGGGCCCGCAAAAAAAGUCGAAGAGUACUUCACAAGUCUCGGCAUAAACGUCCCUGACCGAGUCAACCCUCCCGAUUAUUUUAUCGAUAUUUUGGAGGGAAUGAUUAAGACAAGCUCGAGCUCAGGUGUGAGCUAUGCAGAACUUCCGGUUAGGUGGAUGAUGCAUAACGGCUAUCCUAUUCCACACGAUAUGAGAAUUAACACCGAAGAAUCUCUUACGCCUACAGUUAAUAUCGAUAAUGAAAAUGCCGACGAUCGUGUUUUUUCUGAUUCUGCGGCCGAGGAAAAAUCGUUUGCUGGAGAAGUUUGGCAAGAUGUUAAAGCGAACGUGGAGAAGAAACGCGAUCGGAUACGGCAUAAUUUUCUCAGGCCGACUGAUUUGUCUUAUCGAAGAACUCCCAACGUUUUCUUGCAGUACAAAUAUUUUCUUGGAAGGGUUGGUAAGCAACGAAUGCGAGAAGCGAAAACACAAGCAAUGGAUUAUCUCAUUCUUUUAAUCGCUGGCGCCUGUUUGGGAUCACUCACCAAAGCGAGCGAUCAAAACUUCGGUUACGGUGCUUAUACGUAUACGAUAAUCGCCGUCUCUCUGCUGUGCAAGAUUGCGGCUUUGAGGUCGUUUUCUCUGGACAAGUUACAGUACUGGAGAGAGAGUGCUUCGGGAAUUAGCAGCCUGGCCCACUUUGUGUCGAAAGACACGGUUGACUUAUUCAACAUCAUUAUAAAGCCGGUUGUGUAUCUAUCCAUGUUUUAUUUCUUCAGCAAUCCGAAAUCUUCGUUCGCGUAUAACUAUGCUGUCUUGUUGUGCCUCGUUUACUGUGUUACCGGUAUUGCUUAUGCACUCGCCAUCUUCCUCGAUCCUGGUCCUUCUCAGCUGUUCUCGGUUCUACUUCCCGUGGUGCUCACACUCGUUUCGACUCAGAAUCACACGAGCAGCUUUGUGAAAGAUUUGUCGAACUUUUGUUACCCAAAGUGGGCUUUAGAAGCGUUUGUUAUUGGAAACUCCGAAAGGUACUAUGGAGUGUGGCUCCUAACAAGAUGCGGAGCACUAUUGAGAUUCGGUUACAACGUUCAUAAUUGGGCUCUUCGAUUAUCGUUUCUUCUUCUCACCGGCUUAGCUUUCCGCGCUGUAGCUUUUAUUGGCAUGGUCACUCUCCAAAAGAAGUGAUUACUGUUAUAUCUCUCUGGAAAAACGAGCCCUCGAUUUUCUUUUUUACUCGUCGCCUUUGACGAGAAGCAAAAGUCAAGUAUAUAUAUAUUCGAUUAAUCUGCAUUCGAUUGAAGGUUUCGUAUAAGGAUACGUAUUAUGCAUGGCUUUAUGAUUUUUGAUACAUUUGUACUAAAAAGAUUUUUUAUUUUAUUUUUUAAAUUGUAAUUCUUUGGAAUAACAAUUUAGAUAUUGUGUAGAGUGUGUAUUAUUGUAUGAUUAAAUAUUAUAAUUAAUUUUUUUGAGAGUAGAUUAAACUUAACUCGGUGUAUCUUGUAUUUUUUGACUCUUGAAUUAAUGUGUUUUGAUUUUGUGUCUAUUUAUUUACAUUUAUUGAA